CAAAAGGCGCGCUAGAAUUUUUGGAGGUUUGGCAGCUUUCUAGUUUUCCGAAUUAACAAAGUACUGGUUCGCCGUUUGCAGUGAUCGUUUUAUGGGCAAUUGGCAAUAUUAAUAGUUUACCUAAUGUGAUUUUAACUUUAUCGUAUGUAUUUUAAGGCUUACUUCUAAUUCCAACUGUCACAUACUAAUCCGAACUUUCCGCGUGCGCAAAGCUCAAGAUUCUGAAGCUGGACCAAUGAGAUGCAGGUUUGUUGGUGAAAUAAACUGCAUUCGAUUUUUGAAGUUGGAAGGGUCCAGUGAUAAACAUCCGAUAUGUGCUCCUACUCCGUGUGAAAUCGAGCGACGAUGAGUUCUUCGGUGCUUGGCGCACUUCGUAAUCAACUGGAUUGGCGAUAUGCAUUAAAACAGGGAAGCGCCGCCUGUUUAGAAAUGGAUCCUGUGGAGAAACUACAUUUUCCUAAAAAUGUCGAAGAGGAUGAUGAUGUUAUUCUGAUAUCCGAAGAUGAAAUGGAAACAGGAGGUGGAACGCCCGACGAUGAUAUACAGCUGCUCGAAGAAACCACCCCAGUUACAACAGCUGCAGCAACAGCAAAACCGCUUGCUACCUCAGCGAACGUAUUUCGUGAUUCAGGUGAUGCUCAUGCAUUAUCCAGUGAACCAGCCGAUCUCAUUUCCAAAGUGUGCACGCAUGGGCCGCUCAGGACGGUUGCAGCAGCCAUUGAAACUCUGAACGAAGAGAUAUUUGUCUGUGAUUCCAAUUGCAUGUGCAAAGUAUCUCGUCGCGCUCAGGAAAGCAUCAAUCAUCAUCGCCGAGAACGUGCCCGUCCUUUGGAAAUCGUGAAUCACAAAUGGCACGGAGGUCACUUAUUUCUGCAUUGUAAAUUAGAUUCGGAGCGCACUUGCUUGGAAUAUCUGAAAGUCUGCCAAAUUCCUGCGAAUAUUCGACGUGAAUAUAGUGUUUACCUGGAGAACUGCCAAAAAAUUGGUAAACUCCCUAAACCUGGAAAGAAGUGGACAGUGCAAGAUGAUUUGGCGCUGAGAGAAAGACUAUACCCGUCUCUAACUAAGGAACAAAUACGCUGCCAGGAAGGCCUGACCAACUGCACCGAUACGGCCGAAUGGGAAGUCAUCACUCGCAAUGGACGAGGAACGGUGACACUACCUCGCGCCCAAAAAGUCCCCGAGACAUCCCGUCCGAAGGCGGUUUUGGAAACCGCCACCGAGGAAUUCUACGAGGUGGAGAGAGUGAUUGCAGCUGAAUUAGAAAUGGGCAAGAUCUCUUACUUAAUCAAAUGGAUAGGCUAUCCACUGGAAGAAAGCACAUGGGAGCCACAGUCUGCUGUGCAGAUGUCGCGUGACGCUGUCGACCAGUUUAUCUCCAGUUUUGGGAAGCCCAACAAGACAAAUCCAAAAAUCUUUAGUCCGGAAGGCAAUACCUUUCUUGAGAAAAUAGCGGCUAAAGCUAAGAAGAAAAAGAAGUGAUUAAAUGUGUAUUUAUCUGGUGCUUGCCUUGAGCCUAUAAUAUUGUGUGGAGUAGAUAUGGUGGUGUUGGCUAAUUUGUUAAGUUCCGGGGCAAUUUGCGUGCUUCCUGAUCCUUGUUUUAUUGUACUGGUGUGCCAUAGUUGCAGUAUUAUGAUUCAGUUCCUCGUUUAAGCUUGUGUUCAGAAUAUUAAUUACUUUUGUGAUGAAGACGUUAUGAGGAUAAUUAUAGAAGUAUGCAUGCGAUUUCGCACUUGGGGCAGUUGAAACCGAGAUAUUUUUUUAGUUGUUGAUUUGUUAUUUAAUACUUUCCACUUGUACAGUACUGUACCAUAAUCUAUAGCUGGCGAAUUCGAAUAACUGGUGCGAAAAUAUAAACAGACUGGGCUACCUUAGCCUACCUAGUAACCUACAUACGUGGAUAC